AGCGCCUCCCCAGCAGACACAGAUGAAUGUAGUGUUAGAGCCGAGGACACCAAGAACAUGCUACUGACCUUCUCCAUCUCCUUGUUAUUCAGCUCUUUGGUCUGGAGUGGAUACCUGGAAUAUGACCAAGAUGUCUUGAUACCAGAAGACUGGGCUCAUGUUGGUCGGGUUGAUCCUACAGAGGAGCUGGAGUUGACCUUUGCCCUGAAGCAGCAGAACGUUGACCUGCUGGAGGAAAAACUCAGAUUGGUGUCUGACCCUGACUCAGCUCAGUAUGGUAAACAUCUCACCCUGGAGGAAGUAGCCUCCCUCGUGCGUCCGUCUGAACUGACCCACAAGGUGGUGCGUCACUGGCUGCAGAGUCAUGGGAUUACAAGCUGCCUGAUGGUUCGCACUCAGGAUUUUUUACAGUGCACCAUGACUGCAGAGGUCGCAGAGACGCUGCUUCCAGGAAGCAGGUUCCACCGUUACGUAAGGGGUGGACAGUCUCUAGUAAGGUCUUCAGCUCCGUACUCUGUUCAUGAUGAUGUUCACCAGCACCUUGACUUUGUUGGAGGGCUUCAUCGCCUCCCUCCCAAAGGUCAAGAGCUCAGUAAAGAACAAAAGCAGCCAAAGGAAGGGGUGCACCUGGGAGUGACUCCUUCCAUCUUGAGGGCCCGCUAUAACCUGACAGCAGCUGAUGUGGGAACAGCUCAGAACAACAGCCAGGCUGUAGCUCAAUUCUUGGAGCAGUACUAUCACCCCGCAGACCUGGCUGAGUUCAUGAGCAUGUUCGGCGGGAGCUUCCAGCAUCGGUCUCAGGUGGAUCGUGUUGUAGGCACUCAGGGAGGAGGAAGGGCCGGUAUUGAGGCCAGUCUGGAUAUAGAGUACAUCAUGAGCACAGGGGCAAACAUCUCCACUUGGGUCUUCACCAACCCAGGCCGUCAUGAGUCCCAGGAACCUUUCCUCCAGUGGAUGGUUCUGCUCAGCAACAUGUCUGACCUGCCCUGGGUUCACACAAUCAGCUACGGAGAUGAUGAAGACAGUCUGUCUACUGCCUACAUGAUGCGCAUCAACACAGAGUUUAUGAAGGCUGGCGUCAGGGGCAUCUCUUUGCUUUUUGCGUCUGGUGACAGUGGUGCUGGCUGCAGACAUUUGGGUAAAGAUCAAAACACCUUCAGGCCCAGUUUCCCAGCUUCAAGCCCAUAUGUUACUACAGUGGGAGGAACCUCAUUCAAGAACCCAUUUAAGGUCUCAUAUGAAGUCACAGAUUACAUCAGUGGAGGAGGGUUCAGCAACGUCUUCAAGAUGCCUGACUACCAGGUCAGUGCAGUGCAGGGGUAUCUGAAGACUGUAGCCGCAACCCUUCCUCCUCAGUCAUAUUACAAUAUCAGCGGCAGGGCCUAUCCAGACAUGGCCGCCCUGUCUGAUAAUUACUGGGUGGUCAGCAACAGAGUGCCUGUCCCCUGGGUGUCUGGGACCUCGGCGUCAACCCCUGUGGUCGGAGGCAUGCUGUCUCUCAUCAAUGAUCAUCGGCUGCUGAAGGGCCUGCCCGCCCUGGGCUUCCUCAACCCUCGCCUCUACAAGCUCAAGGGACAGGCCCUAUUUGAUGUGACUGAAGGCUGUCACCUGGGCUGUCUGGACGAGCAGGUUCAGGGGAAAGGCUUCUGUGCUGCACUGUCGUGGGACCCUGUUACAGGCUGGGGGACACCAAACUUCCCUGCACUACUGGCUGUCCUGCUUGCUGAGUGAACACCUGCAGUUCACAAGAGCAGGUAUACCACACACAUUCAAACACUUGACCAGGUGCCUGAUGCCAAAGACUGCAUGGUGCAAUGGGGGUGGAAACGAUGCCUACACUUCAGAUUUAUGCUUCUUUGUUUUUCUUACACGUUCAUUUGAGAUUGAAACGCUGAAUUAUUCAAGUCUACAGGAAUGUUUUUAUGUUAUUAUCACUUCUAUCAACUUAAGGAUACACAACUCUUUUAUCAGCAUAUUUUCUUCAGGGGUGGUGGUAAUUUGGAUUUUUUUUUAAUACUACACUGCAGUUGCCUGUUUUUGCUAUUGAGCACAUUUACACUGACCCAGAUAUUCUCUGUGGAUCUCUGAAACAAACUUACAGGUAGAUGGGGGUUCAAACUAAUCUUAUGCUUUAAAGCACCAGUGUGUAGGAUUCAGUGGGAUCUAUUGGGAGAAAUGUAAUAUUCAGAAGUAUGUUUUCAUUGUUACAUAAUAACCUGAAACUAAGAAUCAUUGAGUUUUUGUUGCCUUAGAAUCAACCCUUCAUAUUUACGUAGGCAGCUGGUCAGACAAACCAAACAUUAGCUCUAGAGAGGGCCUCUCAUGUUAAAUUCAUGUCACAAGAUCAGUGGUUCUCAAACUCUGGUUUUGGCAUGGAUGACGAAAUAUGGAAUUAAAGUAAGUUGAAAGAUUAUGGUUUAUGUAGGAAAAAUAAGAGUUUGUUUUCUGAAGGAGUGGGGCACAUUCACAGCAAUGGGAUGUGGAUAUACUUGUAGCUAUGCAUAAAGACAAAACAUAAAAUAAUGCUGAAAUACACACAUCUUUAACUUUUAGAUACUUUGGCCUAUUUUACUUUUUUUUUCCAGUAAGACAGCAUUAUAUGUUAGAUGUCAAUCAAAAAUCAGCAUACUGGAUGCAAUCAUUUCACCAGAUCAAGGAAUUUAGCAUAUGACUAGACACGUUUUUGGUUUGUGGUAAAACUGAGAUGGCCAUAAUGUAAUGUUUUGCCACACUACUGCAGGGGUGAACUAGGUACAAAUGUCAUCAUUUAACAAUAAACAGAUCUGCAUGAAGUUCUAAAAAUGUUACUCUUGUAUUUGCAAUAUAAUGGGAACAUACUUUGCUACUUAAGAUUAACAGGACAUUUUUAAAACUUGAUUUUACUUUGGUUGUUUGCUUUAUGGCUACGAACUAACCAAAAUGCACUGUAAUAUGUGGGUUAAAAUGAUUCAGCAGUUCUACCCACCAGCUUUGUUGCACUAGUUUAUUAUCUUUUAGCCAUGGAAAUCCUCAAAUUAGAUGUAUUCAAUGUGAGAAAGAUCGCCUAUGCUGUGUUUUUCUGUGAAUUUAUUAAAGUUGGAUUUUUAAUUGGAAAUGUCUGUUGAUUGCUCAGGAUUAUCAGUCAAGAAAAGUGUGCGUGAAACCUGAUCUAGAUGGUACGCUUUCUGUACCAGGUAGAUACCUGAAGAAUAAGUACAAAAUCUCUGUGAACAGAUGGCAUUAAAAGGAAACCUUAAAUUUACAAUGCAAAUUCUGAUGUUCGCUCGAGUUUCUACUGUGUUGUCUCAUGUCAGGCAGAGAGAAUGAGUAAUGUGUUCAAACUCAUUGUGACAAACUAUGUUCCAGUUGUAAGAUGCCACUUUGAAGCUGCUAAAUUCAAGUUUUAAAAUGUGAUUAAAAUUAUAAUAAUUGUGUAUAUGCAGUAUGCUGAUGAAUUAAAGAACCAUACUUUG